AUGGGAUGUCAAGUCGCAACCGUUAUUCUUGCGGAGUUAGGCUGGAGGCUUUGUGCUUUGAGCACUAUCGGAAUAGCUACUUCCGGCUUCGCACUAGGCCGCGUUGAUCGCUCAAAGAAUACAACCUGGCGCCGGAAAUUAUUGCGUAAUACACCCUGCGACUCAAAUUCUAUCCUGGAUGUGCGCCCGGAGACCGCGCAACCGGCGCGGCUGAACUCAGAGGGGGCCAGAUGGAUAGGUGACAAAAGGCCAGACAGGCACGGACAAGGACAUCGCCCAACUCAAUCGCAGGGUUCAGAUUUCAGAAGAAACUCUUUGACUUGUGGCGCAGCUCACCUGCGACGUCGUGGCCAAACAUUGGCCAGCUCGCUGACCAGUCCCUUCAUAAGCCCGCUAGCAAGCCCACCCCUGGAAAUCACCGAGGAACAACCUAUCGAGCCGCAGUCACAACGAGGACCGACGCGUUGGCUGCGACGCCUAUCACUGGCUUCCAUUCGUGACAAUGCAACCCACGGUUCGACUAUGCCAUCCCAUGGAUCUAGCCCAGCGACUUCCCGUCCCGCAAGUCAACAACAGACCAACAGGUUGAUCAAACGGGUACCAUCACACCUUUCAAAUGUACACCCGAGUGUGGUGAAUACUUCAGAUCUACCCCCACCGAUAACGCGCAGGCCCGCGACGAGCGAUCAAAAACCCCGCUCAAGACCACAGUCAAUGCGACUAGAUUCCCUUCGUGAAGACCCCCUUCGCGACUUCAACUUCGACAACUAUUCGCCUCAACCUGUAUUGGAAGAGUCCGAGUUCGACAUCGACGAGCAAGAUGGCUGGAAACCAUACCUCACCCCUAACCCAGAUAAACUCUCUGAAAAGCCCCCCCGAAAGCUCUCUAUCAACACUACAAGGAUGCAGCCUGUGCGUCUGAUCAUACCCGAUCAGGAAUCACUGCCGGCAUUAGUCCUGUCAACUGCAUUCACCAAACAGGUUAUUCCAGGUUGUGAACCUGAACCUGAACCUGAACCUGAACUUGAAGCUGUCGUCGAACCUGAAUCCAUCAUCGAAUCUGAAUCCAUCGUCGAACCUGAACUCAUACCCCCGGUGCUGUUCUCUGACCCAUUUCAGGCGCAAUCCCCACCGCCAUCUUCACCACCACGCCCAGAUUCCCCAAAACAACGAGAGCAUCGACAAACUUCGUCACUCGAUAAGGAACCGAAAAGAAUUUUGGUCAACACAGUAACGGCAUCGGGUCAACCCAUCAUCGGUCCUCAACGGGGCGGAUCUUUAAAACGGGUAAAGGGAAGAAACUUUGGAACAGAUCUCUCUCCCUUUGAUAUACAAAGCCCUAUCAUAGGCCGCUCUCCAUUUCAACGGCGAAAUAUCACAGAUCCCAGUGUGUUUCGCCGACCACAACCCAUAUCCCCGACAUUUUCCAUCUCCCCUUUCAAUAGAGCCUUCCAACUUGUUCCUCGGUCUGUUUCUCAGGAUUAUAAUUUUUCUCAACGGCGACAACGCCCCUUGACUUCAGAUGCUGUGGCCGUGUCGACAUGGCAACAUGCAUGUCGUCCCAGUGAAUACAAAUAUACUUCACUGCGACGUCGACCGAAGAGGCAUUCGUUUGCUGAAUCUUCAAACAGAUCAUCCACCAUUAUGGGCUCGGACGAUACUCGGGUUUUUACAACAUCGGAUGAAUACGAGACCGACAUGGUCACAGACUACUGGGACUCGGUUCGAACGCGUCGAACGAGUGCCAGUGGUCUGCAAGGGCUGCGCAUCGAGACCAUGUUUGACAAGGAAGGAUUGCAGCUGUCAAAUGAGGAAGUAACGACCCUGGAGGAUCUGCUACCUCGUGGUUCAUUUAACUCACGUCUGGAACGAGAGCCCCCGUUUUACUCUGCUACACUGCCAUCUCCUAGGAACCGGGUCCAUGUCGAUGAAAUUGAUUGUCUAUUCGAUGAUGAAGACUCGUAUAGCAUGAUUGCGGAUUUGCCGAGCAGGUCUCGCCACAUGCGGAACCAACCAGAGCAGCUGACUUCCCCCAACGGAUCGCAACUGAGUCAGAAAAUGAACAUCUUCGACUGGUCGGAGCAUUCACAUUCACGAGCUGAUCGUGAUCUUUCUGACUCAGAGACACGACCGAGAACUGUACAUGGCAAGCAGAAUGCAGUCAACCGAGACAGUCGCGCGGCCUGUCGCAAGGUUUCUUCCACCAUCCAUCUGCGCAGUCAAAGUGUUCCCGUAGCAAAUGACUUCCCGGUUAGCAGCGAACGUCAAACUCCUGGUAAAUUUGCCACCUGGAAACUCGGCAUGAAAGGAGUGAGCGAAGACUGGGACAGCGAUUUCGAUUUCGAAGACGACUCCGAGGAAAACACUGCAGUCCAGACUGCCAACGGCAUAGGCCCGGAUGUUGUUCCCCACAGCAUGUCUGUUCCGCAAGCCAUUCUCGCGCGCCAGGCUAGCCUCCGUGGCCAGUUUGGUCAAGUACAGGAGCUGACGCUGUUGGUGGAAGAACUCAAACGGCUACGUCAUCAGGCUAGUGUCUUGGAUAUUCUGGGUGGACCGUCGGGCGAGCUCUGGAAGGAGGCUGAGGGAAUCGUCAACCUGGCCACGAUUGACGACGAAGAAGAACGCCGAUCCCCCCUGGGGUCACAGUUAUCUCCGCCGUCGUUGGUUCAAUCUAAGGACAGCAGUGAAAGCCCCGAACAACGCCGUGGUGGUCAAGGUUUCAGUUCGCCCCUCCGGCCAAUGUCUAAUACGCCAAAGCCGCAAUCUGUGCUUGACAUUCUUCAACCGGGUCAACGUCCGAAGAGUGCGGUGUUCACGGGCUUCACUCCAUCUCAGCCACCUCAAAAAUUACCAUUCGAUACGUCUUCUCUCCGAGACCUUGUCGUCCGCGCUGGGGUUGUCACUCGUGCUUUGAAAGAGGUGAUUCGCAAAGCAGAGGGUGUCGACCCUAGUUCCCAUGAUGCAUUUCCUUCUGAUCCUCCAUUCCGUCGCAUAUUUGACCAGCCCUCGCAUGUCGUCGACAUUGGAUGUUUUGAGGCUGCGCUAGCCGAUAUGCACUAA